GAAAACAGCCAGACAAUUUUAGUCAAACCAAAAAAAAAAAAAAAAAUAGAAAACGCAAAGACAAAGGAGACAAGUUUUUUCUUCGACUCACGAUUCCCUGUUCGUUUCAAGCGUUUCUUCUCCGGUGUAAUCAUGACAACUUCAAAAAGACUCGCAGACAGGAAGAUUGAGAAAUUUGACAAGAACAUAUUAAAAAGAGGAUUUGUUCCUGAGACCACCACCAAGAAGGGCAAGGAUUACCCUGUUGGUCCCAUCCUUCUCGGCUUCUUUGUCUUCGUUGUCAUUGGAUCAUCUCUCUUCCAGAUCAUCAGGACCGCAACUAGUGGAGGAAUGGCUUAAACCCUAUCACAUUCAAGCUGGAAGAUUGCUACUCUCAAAAUUGAAUAUCACUUCUUCUUCUUCUCUUCUGACUUGCCUCUUUUUCCCCUUAUACUGUAGAAUGCGACUACUUUCUGUAGACUACAUGUUAUGAAGAAUUUUGAGUCUUUUUCUAAAAAUAUCCCCUUUUUACUAUUGUCCUCAAGUUUGUUUGCCAUUGUUGUUAUGCUUUUUUGUAUUCUUGUUGACUUGUCUCAACUUGGUUCGUCAUAUCAUAUGUGAUACCAAAUUCAAGUUC